CUGGUGCGGCGGCGCCGGCGCGUCUUACACAAAAGUGUUGGUCUCUGUUUUAAUAGCACAAGCAAGUGAUAUAACGAAUAAUUGGGAAUCAAAGGGAAACGGAUAGAGCUUGGAUCAAGAACGCUAGCGUAUCCCUUUUACCCGAAACGACCUUCUUCUGGAGAAGAAUAGAGUGGGAACGGGAUCCACUAUGAAUCAAGAAUGACCGCUAUCGAAUCUUUAAUUGAACAAUUAGAGGCUUUUGCAAAUGAACGGUCGUCCAAUCAAUCUGCCGAAGCUGCACAACAGGUAGCAGAAGAAUUGACCGCAUUACAAGCAAUCUAUGGCGAAGAAAGUAUUGGCUUAUUGACUGUACAAAAGACACAAACUGGUGGCAUCAGUACAGUAUCGGCAGAUGAAGCAGCACAAAAUAGUACGAAUGAAGGAGAAAGAUGGGUUCCAUCACGACCGAUCCGAUUAGCAUUAACAAUACCCUUGGACGUAUCAAACUCUUCUAAUGAUAACGAAGAGCCAAUAACAAUCCGUCUCUCGGCAACGCUACCGUCAGGAUAUCCAUUAGUAGAUGCAUCGCCUCAAUUGCAACUCUUAAGCCGAUACAUAGGCCCACACGGAGUUGAUCAUCAAUUAUUUGGUCGGAUAUUACGAAUUUUUAUCCCAUCUGAGAUCACCGAAUCGCAGCAUGUCAGAUUUGAGAAAGGUCAAGUGGCCCUAUUCGAUGGCAUCGAAAAAGCGAGAGAGCUGAUUGAAACCUGGUACACAGAACGUCAAGUAGAAAAGCCAUCGCAAGGCACACAAAGUGAUGAUCAGGAUAAAGAAAAGCAUUUGUACAAUAAUGAUGACGACGACAGUCUUUCUGAUCAAGUUCAACAGCUUUCGUUCGAUGACUCAAAUCGAACUGAUCGAGCCAAAAGCACUUCCACAAUGGUCAAAUUGGUCACUUCGCCCGCUAUAUCGGAAAGAAAGAGUACAUUUGUCGGUCACGCAGCUGCCCUCCAUGAUCCGGCUGACGUUCCCAUCAUUCUUGGCAAUCUUCUCCAAGAUAGGCGAAUAGCGCGUGCCACGCAUCCUACGAUGUAUGCAUGGGUCUGCAAGGUAAAAGAUGAAAAUGGAUCUGGAAAAGGUGUCAAUGUAGUCCAUCGCGAUUGCGAUGAUGACGGCGAAACGGCUGCUGGUGGACGAUUAGCUCAUCUUUUGGAUCUUUGUCAUGUUGAAAAUGCGAUCGUGAUCGUCACAAGAUGGUAUGGUGGAGUUCAUCUUGGUGCAGAUCGUUUCAAAUUGAUCAAUAGAGCUGCUCGUGAUGCUCUUGAAUUGGCGGGAUUAGUAGACGGACCUUUGAAUCCAUCCAAAGGCAACAACAAUACAAAAGGACGCAAAGAUCAUUGAAUGUAAAUUACCGAAAGACUUGUAUUAUAUGCAUCAUGCAAUUUGACA